AUGCAGGACCUUUUCAAGCACAUCCUCGACUACCAGCCCAUGAUCCCGGAUCUGCCGGCGAAGCUGCUGCCCUUUAUCCCGGACUACAUCCCGGCGGUGGGGGAGUUGGAUCCCUUCGUGAAGAUCCCCCGCUCGGACGCCUGCCCUGAGGGGCUCGGGCUGUAUCUUCUCGAUGAGCCCACCAUCCCGCAGUCGAACCCGGCCGUCGUCCUGCUCGAGCUGCGCGCGACCAACGCCCACGUCGGGGACGUCGCGCAGGUCGUGGACUCCUUUGAGGACGCCCCGAACCGCCCGGAGGUCCUCAACCGAUGGAUCAACGACGUCAAGAACGUCCACUACAAAAAGCCCCUCCCCACGGUGAACUACCCGAAGCCGAUGCCAGAUAUCAACGCGCUCCUCCAGGCCUGGCCCGCCGGAUUCGAGGACUUUCUCAACGCAAACCACAACCUCCCUUCGCCGAAUAUCGACCUCGAACUCGAGGAGUACGCGCGGCUGCUUUGCGUGCUGUUGGAUAUUCCCGUCUACAACUCCCUCAUUGAUUCCCUGCAUGUCAUGUUUACCCUUUUUGAGGAGUUUCGAAAUAAUCAGCACUUCCAGCAUGUCUAA